CUCUUCUUGUUUAUGCCCUUCAUAUUUCUUCUCAUUUUCUCUGCCUUUAAUCACUACCUCCUCAAGUAAAAGCAAUGAUUAAGCUCAUCUCUUCGUGUUCUCCCUUUGAUUUCUGUUGCUUUUAUCUCUCCAAUCGCUUUUGCAAUUUCUCCUCUCCAUUGCCCCUCUUCGCCUUCCUUUAUUUCCAGCCAUGCGUUGACGUUUUCAGCCUGCAUCAUUCCAAACCAGACCCUGUUCUCAGGUUAUGGAUUGUGUUUGCAUUUCACUGUAGUUAGUGGAUUGAAGAAGAGACAUGGUUUAAGGGUUUUGCUGUGUAGAUCAAGAACCUUGAAUUGAAUUACAAUGAGCUUUGCCUGCUUUGGUGCAUUAAAUUGCUGUAAAGGGAAAGACAGUCACAGCCAGCAACAGCCAGAAGAGAUUGCCACCAAUAACGUGAGGAUCUUCUCUUAUAAUUCCUUGACAUCAGCAACAGGAAACUUCCAUCCAUCAAACAGAAUUGGUGGAGGUGGUUUUGGAGUUGUCUACAGGGGAGUGUUAAGGGAUGGAACUCAAGUGGCAGUCAAGUGUCUUUCUGCAGAAUCUAAACAAGGAAAGCAUGAGUUCAUGACAGAGAUUCAAAUGAUAUCAAAUAUUCGACACCCAAAUCUUGUUGAGCUCAUUGGUUGCUGUAUUGAAGGCAGUAACCGGAUACUGGUCUAUGAAUAUAUGGAGAACAACAGCCUGGCAACUUCUCUACUUGGUUCAAAAGGUAAACACAUAGUUAUGGACUGGUCUACGAGAGCUGCUAUUUGCCUUGGUACAGCUACUGGUCUUGCAUUUCUUCAUGAGGAAGUUGAGCCACCUAUUGUCCACAGGGAUAUUAAGGCUAGUAAUAUACUUCUUGAUGGAAACUUGAAGCCAAAAAUCGGGGACUUUGGGCUGGCUAAACUUUUUCCAGACAAUGUCACUCAUGUUACUACUCGAGUGGCUGGAACAGUGGGAUAUCUGGCUCCAGAGUAUGCCCUACUAGGACAGCUUACCAAAAAGGCUGAUGUAUAUAGUUUUGGUGUGCUCUUGCUUGAAAUAAUUAGUGGGAGAAGUAGCAGCAAGGCAGCAUUCGGGGUGGAUCUGUUGGUUCUGGUUGAAUGGGUGUGGAAACUGAGGAAGGAAGAAAGGCUUAUGGAUCUUGUUGAUCCAGAAGUGAAUCAAUAUCCAGAGGAUGAAGUGAUGCGCUUCAUCAAGGUUGCACUCUUCUGUACCCAAGCAGCUGCACACCAAAGACCCACUAUGAAGCAAGUGUUAGAAAUGCUUUCCAAGAAUGUCAACCUGAAUGAGAAGGCACUAACAGAACCAGGGGUGUACAGAAGUCAUACCUCUCAGCACUUUGGAGGUAGUUCAGAUGAGACAUCAUCUUCCCAAAAGAAAAAAGGCAAGCAAUCAGUAUAUUCUCCUGCAACAUCUAUUCAGUUUGAUAGCAAUCAGAGUGUGACUCAGAUGCUUCCCAGAUGAUAAUGCAUUGGCCAGUUCUUUCUACUCUCUGUUUGUUCUUUUUGCUUAAUCUUGCUGACCAUUCUAGGAAGCCCGUGAAGUCUUAGCUUCUUGUCAAUCUCCACCCCCCCCCCCCCCCCCAAACACACUGGCCUAGCAAUCUUUUACUCGACCAAGUUAUUAUUCGAGUGAGAUUGAACUUUAGUUGAGAGAAUGGUAGUAAUAGUAGUAUCUAUACCACAUGUAGAUCCAGAUGUAACCAGUUGAUAUAAGCUAUUCAUCUUUAUAUAAAAUUUGUUAUGUAAUUUGUUAAUGUCAAAUGUGUGUAUUGUCUUUUUGCCCUUUUGGUUCCUUUCUAAUAUCUUUUGGUUCCCUUUUUCUCCUUUGCCACUUGCUUAUAGGUCCUGUGCGAAUUGGUUGUGGUUCAUUUGAUUACGGAAAAUAAAAUAAUAUUUGUGCAAAAUUUUUUUGCACAGAAUAUUUUAAAAAAAAAUGAUUUUUCAUUUUGAUUGCUAAGGUACCUACAAAGAGAAAGUCAUUUAAAAAAAAACAGUGCAGAAUAUACCGGGAAGGCUGGGAUCACUAGAUUUACAAGAUUCAACACACAUAGAAUCGUAAAUGAAAAGUGAAACAUUUAGUGCCAGCAUUUAUUAAGAGGAAAAAAAAAGUAGAAGGCAAAAAGUUCACACGAAACAUCCCAUCCUACCAAAAGCUAAUAAAAUUGGAAGAACAUUCUCAAUCAUAUGACAUAUUUCUACCAUGCUAGAUGCCUUUCCAUUCAUAAUCACACCAAACAUCAUAUGAAAACUUUCUACACGAUAAUUGAUGCUUCAUCAUAUGCCAGCUUCCAAUAUCUUGAAGUUUAGGAUCAGAAUGAAAUCUUAAUAUCACAGUUAAAUUAUACUUGCAUAAUUCAACAUUCUCUAGCAGCCGCUUUAGCCUCAGCAGCUGCUUUAGCCUCAGCAGCUGCUGCAACCUUAUUGGACGUAACAUUAUUUAGAGUAGUCAUGGCUUCGAGAAGUGCAACCUUAGUGACCUUUUUCUUUUGGGUUCUGAUGAAGAUGGUGGUUUAGGCUUCAUUUUGAGGAGAGAGAUAAUGUUUUAGCUUGAAAAGUAUUUGACGUAUAGAUCAGUUGGCUUUCCAGCUUGGGCCCUUGGACCAUAACAAUGCAGGAUUUCUUUUUCUCUUGAUCGUUCUUUCCUCUUUUCUCUGUGGCUGUCACUUCAUGAGGAAUGAGCUCUGCACUUCCAGUAAUUAUUCUAUAGCUUCGUUCUUGGUUUUGGUUUCCCAAAUAUCGCUGAUACGUAAAAUUACAAAUCAGAAAAUUUUCAAAGCAGGGUCAAACAAUACCAUUCUUCACAAAGGUAAUGUAAUAUUCAAUUGUCACUUGCUUCUCUCUAUUUCCUUCUGAGAGAUAGGUUUGGCCAUAAAAACAUUGUUUCCCCACACUCAUUUACAUUAUGUUUGGUUGGGUGAAGAAGAGGAGAGUGAAGGGAAGGAGAGGUAUGUAGAUUAUUUAACUAGUUUGGAGGUGUAAAUUAAGGGAAGAAGGGUAAGCCUUACCCCUCCCCUUCCCCUCUAAUGCCAUUGUGUCGAGUUUUUUCUUACUAUUUGGGGUUUAAGGGGGAAGUGAGAUAAUUUCUCAAAAUUUGAUAUCCAUUACCCUCCCAUUAAUUUAUCUCUUUCCAAACACAAUCAUGUUUAUUGUAACCCUUCAUAGUCCAUACCCUUUCCCCUCUUUACCUUUCCAUACUCUUCCAUUGAUGAUUACCCUGCCUCACUUACUUUUCUCACCUAAUCCAAACAGUGUUAACACUAGUAGCUGAGAACACAAUCAGAGCUCACCUCGCCACUAUCUCAAAGAGAAACCGUUGUGGAGGUCAAGAUCGGACCGUCAACGCUCCAAUACAUCCGACCGCUGUCGAUCUGCUUUGGAGAGAACGUAGAGAAUCGUGCAGCGCCACCAGAAAAGAUCGAUGCUGGACUCUCGUUCACCCGCUGGGAGGAGAACAUAUCAUGCUCAGCUUUGUACACGCGGAAGGUGAAGAUCACCGGCGGAGUCCUUUAUACAGACCGUUAGCGAAAUAUCUGGGAAGGUAGGCGAGGAUCAUAUCCGAUGUACUCAUCGUCGUUGAGGGGCGAUUGGAGCCGGUGAGUCGUGAAUCAUCACCGCAUAAGCCGGUGAACGAUGAUAUGUUUCUCUGCUUCUCUUCCUCAGACCACAGUAGUUGGCGUGGGUGAGAAAUCUCACCGGUCACCGGUCGUCUUCGGUGUUAAUUAUUUAGUCGGUAUGGUAAAUAGAAAUUAAUUAAUUGAUUUUUUUUUAA